AUGGAUGUGGCAAAACGUUACUUGGGUGCACUAACACAAAGGUGCAUGGUUGAAGUACAUGUAGAGAUAUAUACUCAAAGGAUCAAUUAUUGCCGCAUUCAUGACCUUAUGCUGGAUUUGUGUUUAUCAAAGGCAAAAAUGAAUGAUUUUCUCGCGAUCAUUCAUCUCCAAUGCGAAACUGAUCUAGAUGAUUGCUUUUCCACCACAUCAACAACUACUACUCCUAAAAUACACAAACUUGCAAUUCAUUUGAGUAGGGAUGUCAAAAGAGUUGUCCUCCCUGACUUGGAGACAACUAAACAGCUAAGAUCAAUAUUGUUGUACGAUCCAAGAAUUCACUUAUGGCCUUUAACUAAUGUCAACAGGUCUUCAAUAGAGUUGAACUCCCAUGUCAAGUACUUCAAAUUGUUGAGGAAUUUGGAUCUUGAAGGAUUUAAGUUUGAUAAGAUGUCAGUCGAAUCAAUAGGACUGGAAAUGGUUCCAGAGGGACUGAGAUUCAUUGUUACCCUCCAACGAUUUACAAUUAAGGAUAUGAACGAAAAUUUCAAUAACAAGCUUCGCAGGGUCUAUGGUGAAGAAGGAGAAGAUUUUUACAAAGUGCGACAUGUGUCUUCCCUCAACAUUAUUCGGUAA